GUACAGCAUGUCUGUUUCGGUGGCGAGGCGCGUGGCGGUGGCGAGUGCAGCAGCGACUGGCGUUGCCUUAACGGACCGAGAUCGACGGGACGCCUUUACAGGAGCCGCAAAUGGCGCAAUUCGCUUCGGCCGCGCCUUCGGGUAUGGAGCGGCCGUCAGCUUGGACUACAAGUACCGUCUAAGGAACCUUGAGAGGGGAUCCGACGAAUACGAGGCUGUACGAAAGGAGGUCAACCUACGGGCAGCCCAGCGCCUGCUCCACGUUUGCUCGAUCCACGGCGGCGUUUACACGAAGUUCGGGCAAUAUAUCUCGUCCAUGAACCACGUCCUGCCGAAGGAGUUCACGGAGACUCUUAAGGUCUUGCAGGAUCGCAACCCGAGUGUGGGAUUGAGCGAGGUGGCAAGGACCGUCAGGAGGGAGCUGGGGGCCGAGAUCUCGGAGUUGUUUCGGGAGUUCGACGAGAAGGCUAUCGCCGCCGCCAGCCUCGCGCAGGUGCAUCGUGCUGUGACAUUGGCUGGCGAGGAGGUGGCGGUGAAGCUCCAGUACCCGGGGCUAGAAAGCCAGGUGCACAAGGACUUGCUGGGUAUGCGCUUUCUGGCCGGUCUGCUAGGAGCCGUGUUCCCGGAGUACCAGUACACGUGGUUGUUCCCCGAGUUCGAGGAAAGCAUCAGCCUAGAGCUGGACUUUGUGCAGGAAGGGACGAACUCGGAGAGGGUGGCAAGGAUGUUCAGAGGGAACCAGAGCGUCUUCGUGCCGGCGAUUCACUGGGACCUCUCCAGCAGAAGGGUGUUGACGAUGGAUUUCGUGCACGGCCUUAAGAUUAGCGACAGGGAGGGGAUCGAGCGAAGGGGGAUGGACCCCACCGGAGUGGCUCGAACGGUCACGAGAACGUUUGGGGACAUGAUUUACUGCCAUGGGUUUCUGCACUGCGAUCCACACCCAGGCAACCUCAUGGUGCGGCCCAAGCCUUCAUCGAGGAACGCGAAGGUGGCGGCCAGGGGCAUCGCAGAAUCGGGGGACGCCACAAGAUCGGCGGCACCGAAGCGGAACAGCGUCGCGCACCAGGUAGUCCUCCUCGACCAUGGCAUGUACCGUCGCCUAGAGCCAGAUUUUCGCCUGACGUACUCCAAGCUUUGGAAGGCGUUCAUGACGAGGGAUACCGCGCUGGGGGAGCGCUGCGCCGUCGAUCUCGGCGUGGAGCCCGGCCUCUACGACGCACUGUCGCUCAUCCUGACAUGGCGGCCUACGUCCACGACCGCGCGAACCGGACAACGAAUAACGGAGGAGGAACGACAGGCGCUGGUGGCCAAGUACAAGGUUAUCUUGUCGCACGAUAGCCUCAACGCCUUCCUAGAGAGGCUUCCCAGAGAUAUGCUCUUCGUCAUGCGCACCAGCGAUCUUGUCCGGAGUCUCAACAAGGACCUCGGAGGUACGACGAGGGAUCGACUGAUCGUGCUGGCAGAGAGUGCCGUACGCGGUCUCAACAUCCCUAACACCACCGCUGCCGCCGCCCCCGCGACGGAAACCCCUGGAAGAAUGUCUCGAGAAGAAGCCGAGGGUUUCGUAGAGAGCAGCAAGGCCCUCUCCGAGGAGGAGGCGUUCCGAGAGUUUUUGGAGAAAGAGUGCACCCUUUUGGGGGUAGUAGUGAGCCUGUGACCAUGGAGGACUUCCGCCUCAGGGGCUCCGUCACCCGGCGAAGCUCGCCCUCUCCAGCCCCCACGCCGGCGUUAACCGCCUGGUCUCCUCCGAGAGGGGCAUGACGGCCCCCAGAGGCCUGUCUUGGUGGGACUGGGCAAACCUUCGAAUCCGCAUCUGGACCAUCGACAGCGUGCUGAGGUUGGUGUGGUGGUGGCAACGGCGGAAGUCGUUCACCGACAGGGACAUUGGAUAACGGAAGCCGUUGCCUGCCCGCCUGCCUUCGAAGGUUUUUGGUUGCGCUACUACUCUACACCAGCCCCGUGCUACCCGCAUGGACAAAUCGUAGCGGCCUCGGUUUGGUAUGCUCUGAGGGCUUGGUGGUGUUCAAAGUGCGACAUGAGCCCAUCGGUGAAGUUGAGAGGGCGUCGGGCAGGAAAGUCAGCUGCCUGCCUGCAGGGUUGGAUGGAUGUCUCAACGCGGUGGACCAUAGAAUUAUCAUCGGCAUCGUCGCAGUAGGAGCUGUCGGCGUGCUAAGUUAGCCGUUCCCGCUAGCCUGAAGUUCGUUGUGUAGCGUUGCCCGUCCAGCGCGUGCUCCGCCGUUGGCCCAUGUUGUCGAGAGGCUUAGUUCUUGGGUUCAACCUAUCAAAACCUUUGUGUAACCUGUAGAUGAAGCUUGGCCUCUCCACCCGCCCCCUGAAGAAAAAAAACUGCUUAGUACCGGAGUCACUACUGCUGUCCAUUGGAAAGUUGGAGAAACACAACGUUCCACUGAGUUUGUUAACAAAAAAAAUACUUUGUGGAGGGGCGCGUUGUCCGUGCGUCAGUUUCUUGGGAAUCCCGCCGAGAGGAGCUCGUGAGGGAGGGAGGGAGGGAGGAUAGCCCUUGUUUCGUUUUGCGCCGUUCAGCGUCUAGACUACCGUUCGUUCGAAGAAACAAAUCCCAUCUAUCCCGGACUCUCAUGUUUGUGGAAGAGAUGAUUAUUUCGUGAUGUAAGAAAAGAAAGAAGCGACCAAUCCUUGGAAAGAGCUUCUGUACCACAUAUUACGGUCGGUCGAAUGCAUAAAGUGAGGGACACAACGGAAGGAAAGGA